UGCCGGAAUAACGUCAACAUUUUUGUUAACUAUCAAUUUUAUUACCACAAACAUUUAUAAAUAUCCACAUAUAUAUACAUAUACCAAUUAAAAUUUUAUAGUUUAUUAAUACCGCCUCAUAUAAAUCACCAAUUAAAUUUCAAAAUUAAUUAAUUAAUUAAUCAUUUUGCGUAGUGGAAUAAAUUAGUGUUUUUAGUGUCGCCUGUUUAAAAUUUUUUUUAAUUAUUAUUAUAGUGUAAAGUCUAAGUCAUAUAUUAAUAUAUCAAAACAUAUUUGUGUUUUAAAAAUUAAAAAAAAUGUAAAUGUGUUAAUUAAUAUUCCCAACACACUUGUAAUCACAAAGGAAGCGAAAAAUUUAAAUUUAUCGGUGAAAAAAAAAAAAAAAAAACUUUUGAUGAUUUAAAUGUGACUCCAAUUAUAAAUAAUUGUUAUUGGUAAUUAACUUUGAUGAAAUAAGUGAUGCUAAAGAUGUUAGUGUUCUAUGUCUCGACCUCGAUCUUGAGGCUGGACACCAAUGGCUCGACCGUGAGUUCUCGGGGUUUAGUGUCGACUCAAUUUACCCCUUUCUGGUAGUCAGUACAGUAUUAAGUCUACGAGAUCAAUGUUUGAGUUUCAAAUUUUUAAAUUUUAUUUUAAAAUAGUGACGAGUUUUUUCGCUGACGGAAGUGAUAGUUAUCAGUUUCGCUUUUAAAACUGGAGUAUUGUUUAAAAAAUAAACUAAAAAACACGUGUUCGAUGCAAUAAUUUUUUAUGCAAAAGGUACUUAGACUAUAGAGUAAGUACACGUUAUUGUACACGUGUGUGGUCAAGUCAGGUAUCAGUCUUGUACCGGUGAUAUAUAUAUAUAUAUAUAUGUAUGUAUAUUAUAUAUAUAUGUUUAUAUAAUAAUAAGUAUACCCGAUAUUGCGCUACAAUUUUAUUAAACACGAAAUAGAAGACGUCACAGGCGAAAGAUAAUCGAUUUAAGUCGGGACUGCAUCGUCACGGUGCGAUGACCUCCAAACCAGGAAGGUCCUACUCCGUGAGGUCCCCGAGGGUGGGAGGGCCGCUAUCACAGUCGCUGGCGAUGAUACCGCCGACAAUGCACGGUCAUGAUUUCAAUCAGCCAUUGUCGCGGGUUGUGAUGGUAAGGAAGACUGACCAGAGGACCUUUAGUAAAGGUCGCAGAGGUGGCGAACCUCUUCUUGAGACUGUGACCCGCGAAACUGUUGAGUUAUUCAACGGUGGACGGGCUGAAAGAAAAUAUACCUCGGAAACGAGGGAUAUCGUUACACCCAAGUCGAGUAGUAUGCCAUCACUGAAUGUAAACAGGACCAAAAAGAAGGCGGUUGCAUUUGUCGAUCAAAUUGAAAGAUCUCGCGCUGACUCAGUGAGAUCUAAGUCGCCAUUGACUGGAUCUCCAGCAUCUCCGGGUCCAUUAUCUGGUUCGUUGCACGGCAGUUUCCAUGGGAGUCUUGGUAGUGAUGGAAUGUCAUGCAGUAGUGCCAGGUCAUCAUCAGCAUCACCUGACUCUGCUCGUUACUCUACAGCGCAGAUAACAAAGACUGACACGCGUAAACCGUCUGUGCGUAGAUUUGGACCUGACAAGGAAUUUAUCAAUCUCUGUUUGGAAACACACAACUAUUAUCGUAAUCGUCAUGGAGUUCCUGCAUUGCGACUUAAUAAACAGCUUUGUAAAACAAGUCAAGACUGGGCAAAUAUAUUGGCAACUAAAGGAAGAUUGGAACACCGCGCAAAUAUUGAGUAUGGGGAAAAUCUUUACUGUAUGUGGAGUUCAAAUCCUAAGACGAUUGUCAAUGGCGACGAACCUGUUAAUGAUUGGUACGCUGAAGAAUCAACGCAUCAGUAUAACAGAGAACCAACGACACUGAAAACUGGUCAUUUUACCCAAAUAGUGUGGCGUAGCAGUACCGAAUUAGGCGUAGGAAUGGCCCGGAAUCGUAAUGGUGAAGUCUACGUGGUGUGUAAUUACAACCCAGCGGGUAAUUUUCUCGGGAGUUUUAUGGAAAAUGUGUUACCGCCAAGCGAAAGAUCUUCGUCGCCGUCACGUCUGCCUGCGAUAUUAAAAAUAAGCUCUUGGACUCUUGACCAAAGUGCUUGGCAGCAAGACGCUCUGGCUGUACACAAUGAAUACAGAAGACGUCACCGUUCGCCGGAUCUGAUUCUCAAUGAUGAGCUGACCGCUGCUGCCAAGGCCUGGGCGAAUAAAUUAUUGAACUCAAAUAAAUUAAUACCGCAGUCAUCAUCACCGUACGGUGAAAAUAUAUAUUCCGUUCAGUGUUCAGAUCCGAAUAAUAUUGUGUCUGCACGUGAAGUUGUUGCUAAAUGGUACUCGGAGCGUAAGGAACAUAAAUUUGGUAUUGAACCAAAAGUUCUAAAUACAUGUCACUUUACACAAAUAGUAUGGAAAAGUACACAAGAAAUGGGUAUCGCAAUGGCUAAAAAAGAUGGUACUUGCAUUGUCGUGGCCUGUUAUUACCCACGGGGUAACAUUGUCGGUCAGUUUACUGAAAAUGUUCUUAAGCCUAUUAAAAGUAUUUGAUAAAAUGUAUUAUUACAGUAAUAAUUAUUUGAUACGGGUUGAUUUACUAUAUUUUUUCUUUAUUAUUAAUUUAUUUAUUAAGUUCUUAAUAUAUUUUUUGUUGUUGACUGUUGAUUUAUUUAAUUGUCGCAUUUAUGUAUAUAAUACAUACCGAUAUGCGUAGAAAAAAAGCAUUCCAUUAAUUUCAUA